CUUUACUGUUUUCCGUAGAAAUUUCCGGUUGUUCGAAUUCGCAUCUGAACGAGUGUUCACCGUUUUUUUUCCCCCUAUUUAAACUCGAAGUGAGUGGAAUAAUGUCCGUUCAAGCGACAAACCCCAACAAUCCUAUUGUUUUCUUCGACAUUACAAUAGGAGGACAGGAUGUGGGGCGGAUGAAAAUUGAACUUUUUGCUGAUGUCGUCCCAAGGACGGCUGAGAAUUUCCGGCAGUUCUGCACUGGAGAAUUCCGGAAGGAUGGUGUACCUAUUGGUUUCAAGAGCUGUACAUUCCACAGAGUGAUCAAAGACUUUAUGAUCCAAGGAGGGGACUUUGUGAAUGGUGACGGCACUGGCAUCUGCAGUAUCUACAGAGGUCCAUUUGCAGAUGAAAACUUUCGAGUGCAGCAUUCCAUGCCUGGUCUUCUGUCCAUGGCAAACAGUGGUCCAGGGACAAAUGGUUGCCAGUUUUUCAUAACCUGCACUAAAUGUGACUGGUUAGACGGAAAACAUGUUGUUUUUGGUAAAGUUGUGGAUGGAUUGCUGAUCAUGAGAAAGAUUGAGAACGUUCCCACAGGACCAAACAACAAGCCCAAGCUGCCGAUCCUCAUUGCACAAUGUGGAGAGAUGUGAGGGAAAAUGGCUCUACGCACCUUACAAGUUACACUUAUGCCCCAUUUGUUGACCCUGCAUAAUGUCGUUAGUGUCUAAUUCCAUUGUACAUGUAAAACCCAAAAAAGAUUCAGCCCAACUUUAUAUCAUGAACUUGAAAUAAAUAGUUUUUACUGAAAAAAAAAACAUUUUGACAUUUGCGUGUCUUUGUGAAUAAAACUUCCAAUUUACAGUACUGUACUUACUGUACUUACAGUACGUGAAUGAUGUCACCAUUCACUGUCAUAGAAGGUUGAAAAUAUGAUUGUUCCUGUUGUUGCGACUUGUCCCAUCGCUACAGCGACGUUUUAUUAUAUAUUCAUCGAUAAAUUGUGUACAUUAAAAUCGAAUGUAUUGGA